GCCUGGUUUAUGAGGAAUUGCGACGGCACAAGCAAGCAAGCCGCACUAGCAGUUUGAUUUCUCAAACAUAUUAGGAUCACUCGCUUCACGUCAGCACAGCGAAUAGUGUCUGUAUGAAUUGCUGACUAGCAUUGAAGCAUGUCAUUUGAUACAUUAUUUGAAUUGGGAGCUUUUUACUGUUAACCUAGGGAGUUGGCUAUAAUGGGCACCAAGGUUGCAUUUAAAUGGUCGAAAAAAAUAACUUCUUCUCAAGUGGUGCACUUAAUAAAAGCAGAGAGGAACGUAGACAAGGCUCUUGCUAUAUUUGAUUUGGCAACAGCUGAGUAUGCCAAUGGUUUUCGUCAUGAUCACAGCACUUUUGGUGUUAUAAUAAAUAGAUUAGUUUCUGCAAACAAAUUUGGACCAGCUGAAGAUCUUCUUGAUAGAAUGAAAGAAGAAAAGUGUGAUGUAAGAGAGGAUAUCUUCCUUUCUAUUUGUAGAGGGUAUGGAAGGGUUCAUAGACCAUUAGAUGCCAUGAGGGUCUUUGGUAAGAUGAAGGACUUCCAAUUUGAACCCAGUAAAAGAUCUUAUAUUACUAUGUUUGAUAUUCUGGUUGAUGAGAACCAGUUAAAGCUCGCUUUUAGGUUUUACAGGAAUAUGAGAGAAGUAGGUUUUCAAACUAGUGUUGUCACCCUGAAUAUUUUGAUUAAAGCACUCUGUAAGAAUAGUGGAACCUUGGAUUCUGCUAUUCAUAUAUUUCGUGAAAUGCCCAAUCGAGGGUGUCCUCCAGAUUCUUAUACUUACGGAACUUUGAUUAAUGGGUUGUGUAAAUUCGGAAAGUUAACGGAUGCAAAGGUUUUAUUUGAAGAGAUGAAAAUGAGAGAUUGUUCUCCUUCUGUUAUUACAUAUUCAUCCUUGAUACAUGGGUUAUGUCAGUCAAAUAAUAUAAAUGAAGCAUUGGAUUUGCUUGAGGAAAUGAAAAACAAUGGUAUGGAGCCAAAUGUAUUUACUUAUAGUUCUUUAAUGGAUGGUCUCUGCAAGGAUAGUCGUUCUUCCAAAGCGAUGGAACUACUGGAGACAAUGGUUAGCAAACGUUGUAAACCAAACAUGAUAACUUAUAGUAGCUUAAUUCAUGGACUAUGUAAAGAGGGAAGGCUUCAACAAGCUGUGGAGAUUCUUGACAGGAUGAAACUUCAGGGUCUGCAACCAGAUGCAGGAUUGUACGGGAAAAUCAUAAGCGGAUUCUGUGAUGUCAACAAGUUUGAGGAGGGAGCACAUUUCCUUGAUGAGAUGGUUUUAGACAGAAUCUUGCCAAACCGAUUAACUUGGAGUCUUCAUGUUAGGAUUCAUAAUAUGGUGGUCCAAGGCCUUUGUACCAAGAGUGAUUUAAGUCGAGCUUUCAAGUUGUAUCUAAGCAUGAGAACUAGGGCCAUCUCUGUUGAGAUUGCGACUUUCGAGAUUCUUAUGAAAUCUUUCUUUAAGGAUGGAGACCUACACAAAGCUGCUCGUAUUGUUGAUGAAAUGCUGAUUGAUGGAUGUACUCCAAAAGAGGGAGAAUGGAGUAUGCUUCUUGGUGCAUUUUGGAAUCAAACAAUGGUUCAAGAAGCUGUUGAGUUGUUUCAGGCUGAGGUGAUGAGUGAACUUGCGGUAGCUGACAUUACAAUUCAAGAUGAAGCCUUUUGAUUUGGUAUGCAAGUUUUGUUGUUAAUUAUUCUAAUUACAUAUUGCUGGCUUGGCCUUACUUUCGAAUAGACUUGAUAAUUUUGUAGAAAUGUUUUAUGAUUUUGAAAAUGUACAAAAAUAAAUAAUUGACAAACAAGAAAGAA